AUGCGUAAUAGUAUAGAAUUACAUAUGAGUGGUUUAUGUAAACUUUGGACAAUACCAAAUUGUAAACAUGUCCAAACAUUCCGUGGUCAUAUAAAUAAUGCGUGUUGUAUUAGUUGGCAUCCUCAAUCAACAUUAACACAAGAUCCAGCAAUGAUUAAUUUAGCAUCUAGUUCAUUUGAUGGAAGUAUUAAAUUAUGGAAUCUUCAAAGUGAUGAACCCAUUGCUGAAAUUGAAGGUCAUGCACCAUUUCGUGUAUCAAAAGUAAAAUUUCAUCCAUCUGGAAGAUUUUUAACUACAGCUUGUUAUGAUCAUUCAUGGCGUUUAUGGGAUCUUGAAACUCAAGAAGAAAUUUUACAUCAAGAAAGUCAUUCAAAAGCAGUUCAUGAUAUUACAUUUCAAUGUGAUGGAAGUUUAUCUGCGCACUGCGUAUGUUAA